UCGGGCUGGACUUCCGGCUCGGAUUGCAGGCAGGUGGAUGCUGAUCCUUCGCGAACGCUAGCCUGUUCAGGCGAUGAUGAGGUGGUGAAGCAUUGUUUAAAUAAGUGCAGUUUAGUGACUCCUGACAGGUUUAUCUUUAGCGCGCGGCGUCUUUGUGCAGAAAUGACGACAACAACGAACUAUCAGGGGAUGGAGCCCGGAUCUAAAAGCAGCUCCAGGGUGUUGCGUCCUCCUGGUGGCGGCUCCAACAUUUCACUCGGGUCGGACGAGGAGAAGCCUCCUGUCAGGAAAAACAAGAUGGCCUCCAGCGUGUUUGCAGAGCCGGAAGACCCAUAUGCUAACCGAAGGAACAACCCUCCAGGAGGCAAACCCACAGGCGUUCUGUGUGGAGAACCAUCAGCCCCCCUGAGAAGAGGCAUCAACCAUGGCGCCAAUCACCAUGGAGAGGCUCCCUCCACAGAUGGAGAUAAUUCUGCGUGUGAUAAUGAAAACGCCGCUGCAGAAGCUAACGCUGCUCCAGAGCCGCAUGAGGAGCCCCCGCAGGCCGAGGCAGCCGCCGCAGGUCUACCAUCCUGCCGCCGGAACCCCCCAGGGGGCAAAUCCAGCCUCAUCCUGGGCUAGAUGCCCCACGACUUCCCUCCCCCCUCCUCGCCUCCCACCAUCUUGAACUCAUCUUUUUGUUUUUUUUCUUCUCUAAAGAACAGAAAUCGCCCAAACUUCAGGAACCAUCUAAAGUCCAGCAGACCCCCCCCUCCCUCCUCCAUAUCCCAAGUGCAUUGUUUUGAUACCUGUUUUUGGAAAGCUGUUUUUGUACUGUUUUUCUUGUUUAUUUUAACAGAAGCACUUUAUGUACUCCUCUUUUUAUGGUUGGAUGGGACCUUUGCCCUGGAAUUAGUGAAGCCGCAAACGGUGCAAAGCUCACUUUUUUUUCUUUUUUUUUUACAGCGUCAUAAAUCGUCCUCCGUCACGUUGAAUAUCGCAGUAACACCCGCCGUCCACCGUUUUUUCUUUCCCUCCCAUCAUGCAUGCUGGUCUGGUCUGUAUGAAUGCAAGGAAAACUUUACUCUGUAGAUUUUCUUAGAUUAAUUUAGCCUCUUUUUUUAAUUUUUUUUUAUUAGUAAAAUCUUUGUUGUAUGUUUGUUGCAUGAAGUUGAAGUCUUUGUACUGAAUGUAGUAUUAAAACCCAGCUGAAGCCACAUGAUUAGACCCUAAAAGAUGUAGGAGGAACUUUUCAUCCCGUGUGAUUUAAAAAUAAACGGAUUUGAUUUUUUUAAUCACACUUAGAUCAUCGUAGCCCUUUUCUCCACGUUUCACUCAUCAGCUCGACCUGAACGGCGCCACACCGCUAAUCCCCUGAAACACCCAGAUUUUUUUUUAGGUGUUCUUGGUCCUGACUUCUAAGCGUAUCUUAGAUUUGAAAAGUGACCUUACGACAGCCCGGCCUUCCUCUCACCCGCUUCAUCUCGCGUUUUUCCCGCUCCGUAAAAUACGAGAACAAUCGUUUUGUACAUCUUAAGUGAAAGUAUUCAGUCCUGUGUGUCCAUCAGCUGUCAUUCAAGGAAAAACAAAAAAAACAGCCAAACAUUUUCGAUACACGACGUUUCCUGUGAUGCGUUUAUUUUUCAGCAUUUCUCAUGUGAGACGUUUCUGUUUGCAUCCUAAACAAACUGGUCAUGCUGGAUGGAAGUCACUGCAGAAAUCUGAAUUGAUGAAAUGGCACAAAUGGAACUGACCAUUAAAGAUCAGUUUUGACCAUGAA